AUGGGAAGAAACUCGAGAGAGAAGCGCGACAUCUUUUAUCGGAAAGCAAAACAAGAAGGCUGGAGAGCGAGGUCAGCCUAUAAAUUACUUCAAGUCGAUGAAGAAUUUAAUAUAUUUGAAGGAGUGAAGCGAGCUGUGGAUUUGUGUGCUGCUCCGGGAUCAUGGUCCCAAGUAUUGCAAAGGAAAUUGUUGAAGAAAUUUAGGGAAGAAGGAACAAAAUUAAAACAUUUUAAUGAAGAGGAUUUUAGUGAUGAUGAAGAAGAAUAUAAUGGAAUUGCUGAUGAAGCGGAGGAGAGGAGUGAUGAAAUUCAUCAUGAAGCGAUUUCUUCAUGCUCCGAGCAUGCAAGCCCUGCAGUGGUUGACAUUCAUGAGAAGGAUGAGGAAGAUGCAAUUAUUGUGAGUGUGGAUUUACAAGAAAUGGCUCCCUUGGAAGGAGUGAUUGAAAUUCAGGGUGAUAUUACGAGUGAAAAAACAGCGGAGGAAAUUGUACAUCAUUUUCGAGGAAAAAAGGCUCAGUUGGUGGUUUGUGAUGGAGCCCCUGAUGUUACGGGAAUGCACGACAUUGAUGAAUAUAUUCAAUUACAACUCAUUCUAGCAGCUCUCAAUAUCACCACACACGUUUUGGAAGAAGGUGGCUGCUUUGUGAGCAAAAUAUUUAGAGGAAAAGAUAUUACACUUCUUUACGCUCAAUGUGGCGUAUUUUUUGAAAGGGUCUAUUGUGCCAAACCAAAGUCUUCAAGAAAUUCAUCUCUCGAGUCCUUUGUGGUUUGCAAGGGAUUUAAGCUCCCUCCAGGUUAUGUCCCAAGAAUGGUUGAUCCCUUACUCGACUUUCAAUACAAUGAAGAACAAUCUGAACAACAAGAUAGCAAUGCGACAUUUUCUCAAAAUGGAGGACCCAUGUUAGGAGCUGAUCGAUAUAUUGUGCCAUUCUUGGCAUGCGGAGAUUUGAGUGGAUUUGACAGUGAUCGAACCUAUUCGAUUGGUGCUAACGAAGAACUUGGAAUGAAACCAAUUCAACCACCCACAAAUCCACCCUAUAAGAAGGCAGUCGAGUUGAAAAGAAGUAACAAUAACCUGAAAGUGGACUUGAUGUUUAAAUAG